CCAUCGACCUUGAGUCAUCACGAAAACAUCAUCAACGUUUCAGAGACACAUACAGACCGCCGAUCGCAAGAACCAAAAGGGAAAAAAAAAGAACGAAAUGCUCCCCGAAGCCUUCUCCUUCAUACCCGGGCCCUACCAGGUUCCGGCUCUCGCCUCCCUCCUGCUCUUUGUUUUCCUCGUCAUCUGGUACGGCCUCUCGUGGCGGCGCUUGUCGCACAUUCCUGGACCCCCUCUUGCCUCGCUCUCCUACCUCUGGAUGCUGCGCAUCGCCCGGUCGGGCGAGCAGUCGGCGCGGUACGCGCACAUCAACGCCAAGUAUGGCUCGCUCGCGCGCAUCGGCCCCAACGAGCUCAUCAUCGACGACCCGGCCGUGGUGCGGCGCAUGAACGCGGCCCGCAGCCCCUACCGGCGUAGCUCCUGGUACUCGGCCAUGCGCCUGGACCCGUACCAGGAGGACUUGUUCAGCAUGGCGGACACGGCGGAGCACGACCUCCUGCGCGCCAAGAUGUCCUUUGGCUUCGGCGGCAAGGAGCUCCCGGACGUGGAGGGUGACAUCGACGCGCAGGUGGACUUGCUCGUGCACCUGAUCCGGUCAAAAUACCUGUCGGACGAGAACGGGGUGACGUGCCCCUUCGACAUGGCCAUCACGGCCCAGUACUUCACCAUGGACGUCAUCACCAAGCUCGUUUUCGGCAAGCAGCUCGGCUUUCUAGAGACCGACUCGGACGUAUACAACCUGAUCCACAGUUCUGAGGGCCCGUUGCAGCUUCAGGUGCUGAAGAGCGAGAUGCCCCUGAUUGGGCGCAUCUUUAGCCAGCCUUGGGUCUUGAAGAAUCUCGGCCCGAAGAAGACCAACGCGGGCGGACUGGGCCGAAUCUUGGGGACGGCCGAGGAAGUGGUCGCCAAGCGCUUCCGCCAUGACGCAAAGGACGAGAUGGACAUGAUGGGUUCCUUCAUUCGCCACGGAGUCACGCAGCAACAGUGCGAGGUCAACACCCCCUUCAUUCUGGUCGCCGGAAGUGACACGACCGCGUCGGCAAUCCGCGGCACCAUGCUUCAUCUGGCCACCACCCGGCACGCGUACAACAAACUCCGGGAUGAGAUUGACCGCGCUGUGGCCGAGGGUCGCAUCUCCAGCCCGGUUACGGUCGAGGAGGCAAUGAAGCUCGAAUAUCUUCAGGCCGUCAUCUACGAAGGAAUCCGCGUCCAGAUCCCCUUCUCCGGCCUGCUCAUGAAGGAGGUGCCGCCGGAGGGGGACACCAUCAACGGCGUUUUCGUGCCUGGCGGCAGCCGCAUUGCGCACAACACGCUGGCCAUCAUGCGCCGGCCCGAGAUCUUUGGCCAGGACGUCGACGUCUUCCGCCCGGAACGCUGGUUGGGUGUUUCGCCGGAGCAGAAGCAGCUCAUGGUCCAGACAACCGAGCUCGUUUUUGGCUACGGCCGGUGGAGCUGCCUCGGCAAGCCCGUCGCCUUUAUUGAGCUGAACAAGGUCUUUGUCGAGCUCCUGCGACGCUUCGAUUUCGAGAUCCUCUACCCCAAGCGGCCUUGGCGCGAAUUGAACUUCAACAUUUUCUAUCACUCGGAGCUCUGGAUGCGCGUCACUGGGCGGCACUAAGGAAUUAUCGAGAAGCGCAGGUGCAGGGGAUCGACAUAUGAGGGGAGGGGAGUCUAAUUAGUUCGACGGCAUGGUUUGCAAUAUUUUUACGUCCACCCCUAUCACCGGAGUGUGUUCCGUAUAAUCAUGUAUGCCAUUUACUAGUUGUAUUGGGAGUUGAGGAAGGCAACAGAAGAGUGAUUGGGGGCUUGCAGGGUGAGGAUGACGUGUUAUGGAAGGGGGGGACUGACGAAAUAUCCCCCCUGUUUUGGGAAGUUUUCCAAACUCUAUCUAAGGGGGUUAUUUCUUCAGCAUAUAUCCAGGUG